AUGCAUGGUGGUCAUCCUCAACCAGUAUAUUGUGAUUUAGGGACUUCAAAGGGUAAUAUUGAUAUAUAUACUGAUUGUAAUGCUAACAGUGAUGGAAGUAUUAGAUGUGCUCCAAAAGAAAUGAGGGAUUGUGGUGACUGUGAGAUUGAGCUUGAGAUGGAGAUGGAGGAGGGUGUUGAAUCGAGAGUAAUUGCAAAUGAGGGUGCUCUUCUUGAUGAUGAUGGCAAACCAAAAAGAACAGGGACAGCAUGGACUGCAAGUGCACAUAUAAUAACAACAGUGAUUGGUGCUGGUGUGCUAUCUCUGCCUUGGGCCAUGGCUCAGUUGGGAUGGAUUAUUGGUGUAUUCUCUGUUUUGGUCGUAUCUUGUGUCACUCUCUAUACUUCCAAUCUUCUAGCUGAUUGUUAUAGAUCACCAGACCCUGUCACUGGCAAGAGGAACUGCACCUACAUGGAGGCUGUGAAAACCAACUUAGGUGGUAAAAUGCAUGUGGUAUGUGGAUUGGUCCAAUACGUCAACCUUAGUGGGGCUGCAAUUGGAUACACGAUAACUACAUCUAUAAGCGUGGUGGCAAUACGAAAAAUCAAUUGCUUCCACAAAAAGGGAAUUGCAGCUCCAUGCCAAUUUUCGAACAAUCCAUACACGAUUGGUUUUGGAAUUGUUGAAAUAUUUUUGUCCCAAAUCCGCAAUUUUCAUAAGCUAUCUUGGCUCUCAAUCUUAGCAGCGGCCAUGUCUUUUGGUUAUGCAUUUAUUGGUAUUGGACUUUCUCUUGCUACAAUCAUCCAAGGGAAAGGAAGAAGUACCUCUAUAAUUGGAGGAAGCAAGGAGCAAAGUUCAGUAGACAAGUUAUGGAAUAUGCUCGUUGCACUGGGAAACAUUGCACUUGCUAGCAGCUAUGCUCAAAUUGCGAUAGAUAUCCAGGACUCUUUAAAGUCAUCACCGCCAGAAAAUAAAGUGAUGAAGAUAGCAAACAAGAUAGGAAUAUUCACCAUGACAAUUAUCUUCCUCUUAUGUGCCUGCUCUGGCUAUGCUUCAUUUGGCUCAGACACUCCUGGCAGCAUUCUAAUGAGCUCUGGGUUUAAAGAACCUUUUUGGCUUAUUGACUUAGCCAACGUCUUCAUUGUUGUGCACCUCGUUGGAGCAUAUCAGGUAGUCACCCAACCUAUUUUCGGUGUAGUUGAAAUGUUGGCUGGUCAAAGGUGGUCAGGAUCAAGUUUUGUAAUGGAGGAGUACCCAAUGAGCAUUGGCAAAAUGAGAUUUAGCUUUAAUUUCUUUAGGCUCAUUUGGAGGACCAUAUUUGUCAUGGUUAUGACUGUUCUGGCCAUGGCAAUGCCCUUUUUCAAUGAAAUGCUAGCCUUUCUUGGGGCCAUGGGAUUCUGGCCCCUAGUGAUAUAUUUUCCUGUGGAGAUGUUCAUUGCCAAACAGAAGAUCAGGAAACGAACAAUCCAAUGGAUUGGACUUCAAACCUUGAACCUUUUAUUUAUGCUCGUGUCAUUAGCUGCGGCCUGUGCAGCCAUUCAUGGAUUGAACCGAAGUCUUUAUAAGUACAAGCUCUUUAUGUAUAAAGAGUAG